AUGAAUGUACCAUUAGUGGUUCAUCAUGUAAGGAUGAUGACAGCGGAACCAAAUGUGAAAAGUGCAAAAAUGCAUGUAAAUCCUUUAGUAAUUUUAUUAAAGAAUGGAAAACAACAAUUAGAUAAUCAAUCGACUAAGUACACAGAAUUGUAUGAAAAAGUAAAUAAAAUUGGUAGUACUAGUACUACUCCUCCUAUUGAGGACUCUUUGGAAGGAUCACGGGGAAGAAGAAACAAAUGCGGCAACGAUCCAAAUAUUGCCGAAAAAUAUCUUGAUAAAAUAAGUAAUUGUACUAAAAUUAAAUUUACCCAAAGUGAUGGUUCCGUUGGUUCUCCUAAUGAUAAUAGGGAUUAUGCUUUUGAAUCAACACCAAAGGACUACAAAGAUGCGUGUGAUUGCAAGGUUCCCGAUCCUUUAGAUAAAUGUCCUGAUGAAAAUAAUAAUAAUACAAUUUGUAAAGGUUUUAAGGGUCUUCGUAAAUGUUCAACAAACAUAUAUGAAAAUAAACUUUCUGAAUGGGAUAAUAUACUUAUAAAUGAUAAUACUGGUGAAAAUAAAGGUGUGUUACCUCCUCCUAGAAGAAGAUAUUUAUGCAUAGAUCCAUUUAGGAGAAACGCUUAUAAAAAUAAUGAUCUUAAUAAUUUUAAAAAGAAUUUACUUGAUGCUGCGUUUGGUCAAGGAAGAUUAUUAGGAAUGAAAUAUCCUAAUGAUAAUAAUCAAGCAUUACAAGCAAUGAAAUACAGUUUUGCUGACUAUGGAGAUAUAAUUAAAGGUACGGAUAUGGUAAAUAAUCUACUUUUAGAUAAGUUAAGAACACGAUUAGAUGACGUACUUAAAGAAAAUAGUGCUUCAUCUAAUAAUUCUUCUGAUGUUCGCAAAAUAUGGUGGGAACAAAUUAAAACACAUGUAUGGCACGCAAUGUUAUGUGGGUACAAAGAGGCUGGACAUUCAAUUACAAAAGAAGAUUGUGACUUACCUGAUGAUACUACGCCUCAAUUUUUGAGAUGGUUAGUUGAAUGGGGAAAACAAGCAUGCAAAGAAAAAAUAAAUAAUGCACGACAUGUAAAAAAUGAAUGUGCAGAAUAUAUUCAUUAUAAAGAUACAUAUAAAGAUAAAGUAAAGGAAAAUGGACAAGUUAAAGAAAAAUGUAAGAAAGCAACAGACAAAUACGAACAAUGGGUUACAAACAAUAUUGGUGCAUGGGAUGGAUUAAAAAAAAUAUAUGAUACCAAAAAAAACUCGACGUCUGGUGCAAAUAUGGCAAGAACGGCUAUACGUUAUAUAAGAAGAAACUGCAAGGAUUGUACUUGUGCUUUAGAACAUUUGGAAGAGAAUGAUCAAAUAAAUACGCAAUCAGAUGAUGAUUCAAUAAAUAAAUCAAUUAAUAGAGCCAAAAUGGAUUUACCUGAUGGGGGGUGGGGUAUAUAUAUGGGUCCACUAAAACCUCCUACUUUACCGUCCUUCUACACAAUUUAUACUAUGAUUCCAAACAUGCAAAACGUUGUUAAGGAUAUUUCGCAAUUAAUAACAGUUACUUCAGAUAUAGUUGAUCCAGCAGUUAUAUCAGUUAAUGAAUCUCUAACUACAUCCAUUAAAAAAGUUAAUCAAAGAAAAAAUAUAAUUAAUGAAAUAAUAGAAUUCUUUGACAGUGUAGAUCCUUAUGCAAAAAACAAAGCAAGAGAUUGGCCUCCAAAAUCUACUCCUAGUUUUUCCGACUACAUCAAUCCGAACAUAUUAGUUCCAUCAGCAAUUAUAGGAGCAGGAACAUUAAUAGCACUUCUUUUAUUGAAGGUACAAAAAGCCCCAAAAACUUCUCCUGUGGAUAUUUUUCGUGUCCUUGAUAUUCCCACCAAAAUGAUUAUAGUUAGCCUACAGAAAAAAUCAUCCCAACCCGACUAUAAUUCCCAUAUGCCUAAAUAUAAAACUUUGAUCGAAGUCGGUACUAAAACCAACAAAAACAACCAAGUGAUGUACUUAGUGGUACUCACCUUAGUGAUAUACGAAAUAGUGUUACCAUACCUAGGGAUAUACCCAAAUAGUGCUCUAAUACUACCAGAUGAGCCAAAAAUGUUACAUCAAACGACAAAUAUUCUGGAAAUUGAUUUAAUUAAUGAUUCUUUAAAUCGUAAUCAUAAUGGUUGA